AUGUGGGCUAUGAAGCAUGACCUCAAGGGCCAUGUGGAGGGGGAGGCGUGUGAUGGCCGUCACGCACAACACGGCCUCGUGCAUGAGACAAGGGAGUGGGUGGAGGUGCAGGAGACAAGGGAGUGGGUGGAGGUGCAUGAGACAAGGGAGUGGGUGGAGGUGCAUGAGACAAGGGAGUGGGUGGAGGUGCAUGAGACAAGGGAGUGGGUGGAGGUGCAUGAGACAAGGGAGUGGGUGGAGGUGCAUGAGACAAGGGAGUGCAUGGCGGGGCAUGAGGCAUGGUGGUGGUCGUAG